UGCGGUGCCGCUUCCCAAGAUGGACCCUACUGGCCAAAUCGCUUGAAGCCCCGCCCCCAGCCCAACUCUGAUUGGCGGAACUGGGGCGAAAGGCGCAUUGGGACGGGACCUGAGGCGGAAGUGGGGCGGUGACUAUAGGCGGAAGUGGGAUGGUGACCAUAGGCGGAAGUGAGGCAGAGACCAUAGGCGGAAGAAAGGCAGUGACUAUAGGCGGAAGUGGUGGCACCAGAGGCGGAAGUGGAAUGAUGACAAGAGGCGGAAGUGCUGGCGCCCGAGGCGGAAGUGGGCGGGAUCCCAGCGCCUUGAGGAGCGGGAUGGAGGCGGCCGCGCCGGCUCUGAGCGCGGAGACCCUCCGGGGGCGGCUGCUGCGCGGGCUGGAGGCGGAGCACGUGGAAGUGGAGGACACGACCCCGAGCCGCUGCUCCACCAGCUUCAAGGUCCUGGUUGUCUCGUCCCGGUUCCGGGGGAAGCCCCUGCUCCAGCGACACCGGCUGGUGAACGAGCUGCUGGCCGAGGAGCUGAAGCACAUUCACGCCUUCGAGCAGCGCACGCUGACCCCCGAGCAGUGGGAGAAGGAGCGGGGGGGCCUGCAGUGAGCCCCCCCCCCCCGGGAGCAGGACAGAGCUGGGACCCCCGCGCCCCACGGAGCUGGGACAUCGGCUGGAAUAAAGGAUUAUGGGCAACCAAA